AUGUCCUACCUCCUACCUUUUCAUAAAUCCCUGCUUGAGAAGAUACAUGACCCCUCGACGAGUGAGUUCGUCCUUCUGGCGAGGGGCCUUGGCCUGCGGAGGAUCGUUUGCAAGUUGCUUCAGAUAUAUGAUGCGCCGACGAACCUCAUACUCCUCGUAAACGCCACGCCUGAAGACGAGUCUGCCAUUGGUGAGGAGCUGGGUAUUCUCGGAUGUCGAAAGCCUGGACUGCGUAUUGUUGGGUUCGAGCAGGGAAAGAAGGAAAGACAGGACAUGUACAAGAGGGGCGGUUUGCUGUCCAUAACGUCCCGUAUCUUUACCGUGGACAUGUUGUCUUCAGAUAUCCCUACCAAAGUGAUAACGGGGAUCAUCAUGCUGCACGCAGAGAAGGUCACGCCCACUUCCUCUGAGGCAUUCAUUGUACGACUAUAUCGAGAGAAGAACACUACAGGCUUCCUCAAAGCGUUCUCGGACCAGCCCGAGCACAUAACGAGCGGAAUGUCACCGCUACGCACCAUCAUGAAAGAACUACAACUACGCACGGUCCAUAUACAUCCUAGGUUCCACGUCGAAGUAAAAGAAUCGCUCGACGCGAAGAGGCCAGACCUCGUCGAACUCCACCAGAAUAUGACCGAGUCGAUGAGCGAAAUUCACCAUGCCAUCGUGCAGUGCAUGACAACCACACUUUCUGAUCUCAAACGAGCUAAUUCCUCCUCCUUCGACAUGAUCGUUGGUCCCCGCACAAAGCAGCUCGUCGGAGACCUCGCUGUGCGUUUCCACCCCGGCUCUCCGUCUCGGGUUCUGACGUCGCUCGAAAGCUAUUUGCUGACAUAUGACGCGAUCGCGUUCCAAGGCUUCGUCGACACACUCAUUGCUUCGAACACGACUACCGAUGCGGGCACUGCGCGACAAAACCAGUCGCCCUGGAUGCUCACCGAUGCAGCGAACAUCAUUUUCCAAUACGCGAAGCGCCGGUGUUACACGAUGGAUACUACCGCACGAAAGGCGCAGGCUGCUGCCUCCGCACAACCAGACCCGUAUGAUGACGCGGACGCGUGGGAGGCAUUGUACGAGAUGGAGGGCAAUGUACCGAAUGCGGUCGGCGGUACCACGCAAGCGCCGGGUACGAGUCGGCCAAGCUGGCUCCCUGAGGGGAUGGAGCCUGUCCUCGAGGAACAGCCCAAGCUCAGCUUGCUCGCGGAUGUGCUCCAGGAGAUCGAGGAGGAAAUGGUUCGGCUCGAGUCCAAGUUCACCUCUCUCACCCCCGGGACGAACACUGUGCUCGUGAUGACCUCGUCGGCGCGGACGUGCGAGCUGGUGAACGAGUUCCUCGCGACGAUGGACUACGACGCGCCGCGCGGAUCGCAGGGGCGCCGGAUGAUGGAGAAGAAGCUGCGGGGGUACCUCUGGUGGAAGGGUGAGCUCAACAGCCGUAGGCAACAGGGCAGGCCCCAGCCAUGGCCGUCUGCGUCAUCUCGAACUGCGGGUGGGGCGAAAGGCGAUGGCGAUGCGGGCGUCAGCGAGGCGCUGAGGAAGAAGGACAGGGAGGCGAGGGAGCGAGUGGCGAACCGCAGGCGUUUGAGGGGCGGCGCGCCUGUUCAGCCGUCAUCCGAGAGGGCGAAGUCGGUUGCACCGGUCGUUACGCCUGGAGGUCAGGCCGAGGCAUUGGACGAGGCUGACAGCAUAGCUGCGUUUUUGUCUUCCCAGGGCGCUGUCGCGCCCGAGGAUCAACUCGCGGAAGAUAUCGCCUUGAUUGACUUCACUACCGAUUUCAAUGUGCAUUACGGUCUUCUGGCGCCCCAGCAGACGGUCAUAGUGAGGCCGUAUACGGACGAUGGGGACGACUUGGUGCUACGCGAAGUCCAACCCAGAUUCGUCGUGAUGUUCGAACCAAACCUGGAAUUCAUCCGACGUAUUGAGGUUUACAGGAAUUCACACCCUGGGCUGGGUGUCCGGGUUUACUUUAUGAUGUACCGGCUUAGCAGUGAAGAAGGGAAGUACCUGACCGGUCUCAGAAGAGAGAAGGAAUCGUUUGAGAGGCUCAUCAGGGAGCGAGGGUCGAUGCUCAUGCCUAUCAUGGAAGAUCGGAACGCCGGGCGAGCAGAAGAAUCGCUCAUUAAGACUAUUAGCACGCGGAUCGCUGGCGGUAGAAAAGAGGUCUCCAUUGAGCCAUCGCGUGUUAUCGUGGAUCUGCGAGAAUUCCGCUCAUCCUUGCCGUCAUUGCUUCACGCAGCCAACCUUCUGGUCAUCCCAGCAACACUGACUGUCGGCGAUUACAUCCUCACGCCGGAUAUUUGCGUUGAACGAAAGAGUAUCCCCGACCUGGUAUCUAGCUUUAAUAGUGGUCGAUUGUACACGCAAUGCGAGCUGAUGUCGGUUCACUACAAGCAACCCAUCUUGUUGAUCGAAUUCGAGGAGCACAAAUCUUUCUCCCUCGAGGCGGUGGCAGACAUCAAGUCUUACGCGAAGGUCGACAAGUACGCACAGAAGAAGAAACCGACUGCUAUUCUCGACUCCAGCAACAGUGCUUCUGCGAGCAUUCAGUCCAAGCUGGUUCUCCUCACCCUGACGUUCCCUCGCCUGCGGAUCAUCUGGUCCUCGUCUCCGUACGCAACCGCCGACAUCUUCCGCGACCUCAAAGCAAACAGCCCGGAGCCUGAUCUGACGAAAGCCAUCCUCGUGCAAUCAUUGCCCGGUAUAACCGCGAAGAAUGUGAAGCACGUUAUGAGCAAGGUGGGAAGUGUGCUGGAGUUGUGCGAGUUGAGUCUGGUGCAGAUGCAGGAGAUAUGGUGUAUAUCCGAUAUGGUGUAG